GGAAGUCCAGAACCCAUAUCACAUUAAUCAUGUAAAAUAAAGAGGGUGUGCGUUUUUAUGUCAUCUCUGAUAUCCCUAAGCCUGCAAAGAAUGUGGGCCCCAGUCCCCACACCGUAUCUGCAUACCGUUGAAAUAACCACCCCAACCACUGUUGUUUUUUUUUUCCUUGCCCCUCCUUAAACUGUCCGAGUUCCUCCCUUCAUUCAGAAAGUCUUGCAGAACAUCUCGGAUUGUUUCUCUUUAGUGUAUGUUGCGGGUGUGGUGUGUCGGGGCGGUUAUUUCUUUAGGUAAAGUGUCAGUCGAGUCCCAGUGUGUACAAGUGUCCGGCACAGUCAGAGAAAGGAGAGGUGAAACCCAUGGGCCACACAGGGGACAGCAAGGAUGAACCUCUGGAAGCUCUCCUGCACAUGGUCACACACCUACCUGCAGAACAGCGUAUCUUCCUCACAGGACAGUUGUCAGCACUGGUCUUAGCUUUCCUUUUCCGCUGGUAUCUGCCGCCUUCAACAUGUGGUUCAAACCUCAGACACACCAUGGCCUUGCUCCUUGGCAUCUGUUUGUCACUCUACUGCUUUGGAUGGCUUGCAUUAUUUUUACUUGGAGAGGUGGUCCUUGGAUAUCUUCUACUUCUCUUUGCUGAUCCAAGGAGAGUUCAUGUGUACACUCUGCUGUUGACUAUGGGAUACCUGACAAUAUUCCACAUCAGAAGAUUUGUCUACCCUGCAGAGGAUGAAUUGGACUUCACUGUGCCUCUCAUGAUGUUGACCCAGAAAAUCAGCAGAGUGGCCUUCGAAUUUCAUGAUGGUACUGUCCGGACAGAUCAAUCCCUUAGCCCCUCACAAAGACAUCUUGCUAUCAGGUCAUACCCACCGAUUCUCACCUACUUCAGUUAUACUCUGGGAUUCCUGGGUCUCUUGGCUGGUCCUGUUUGCUCGUUUAAUGAUUAUCAGAUAUUCAUUCAAGGGGCUGAAAAAUGGAAGAACCCAGGGGCUGCAGUGUGCAAGAAAUUGUGUCUCUGCUCUUUCCUCCUGGCAGCUCAUCUAAUGCUGUCAGAUCGCUUCAUACUAUCAGAUGACCCACACCACUCUCUGAUUGGUCGCUAUUUCUAUCUGUAUCUGGCCGCAUUUUCCAGGAGACCCAAGUAUUAUUUUGCCUGGACUCUAGCAGAUGCCAUAAACAAUGCUGCUGGCUUUGGAUUUAAUGGGUUUUCUGAAGAUGGAACAGAAAAAUGGGACCGCUUGUCCAAUCUUGAUAUAAUGAAAAUUGAGACAGCUUCCAGUUUCAAGACAUUUAUUGACAAUUGGAACAUACAAACAGCAGUCUGGUUAAAAGAGGUUUGCUAUGACCGAAGCCCAUAUAACCCACUACUGGCCACUUUCGCAUUGUCGGCAGUCUGGCAUGGAGUACAUCCAGGAUACUACCUCACUUUCCUCACAGCUGUUCCCAUCACUUUAGCUGCUCGCAGGGUGAGGAGCAAUAUACGACCAUGGUUUCAAGCAACAGCAUUAAGCAGGGCGGUGUAUGGUUUUGGGACCUGGCUGUGUACGCAGGUAGCAAUGAGUUACACUGUGGCACCCUUCCUACUGCUGGAGCUUGGACAAUCACUGCAGCUAUACAGGUCUGUACGAUUUUCUUUCCACAUCCUCCCAAUUCUGGUGCUUCUAAUUCUCCCCAAAAACAAGACAUUUCACAGUAAAGUUGAAGGAUUCACUAAACCAGAGUGUGACCGGAACUAUAAUCAUCUAAAGAAGGAAUCCUGAAACAAAGACAUUUAUUUUGCCCGUUGUUGCCUUGGAGACGUCUGGGCUUCUCUCUGGGUUCCACCACGGUUCUCCCUCCGAAUAACAAGUUUGACAGUCCAGUGGACAGCUUCAUGCAGUCAGUGGGUGAUUAGAGCUUCCUACUUCCAGAGAAUAACUGAUAAGGUGACAGUGACUUACGGAGAACAAAGUUGUAGGAGAAAGUUCUGAGAUUGAAGAACGGUUUGAAUGUUUGCAGUGAACAGUUAAACAAUCCUGCUUCCAGUAGCUCACUUGGCCAGAUGGUGUUCCUGGAGACAUUGAAAGUUCAAUCCCAUGAUUGCUUAAUUUAAUUAUUUUUUAGAUAUUUAUUGUUAGCAAUAAUCGUAAAAUGACAUAUUUUUUUAUACCUUUUUAACUAUACAUCUUACUUGCAACUAAGCUAUAAGCGAUUCUGUUGGACAGUGAUAGUUUUCAACUAGGCAAAGAGAACAGGUUUCUAAGGAAACCUGGCUGCAGACACCCUGAAUGAAAGAAAAAAAGGUCUACAUCGACAUCCUUAGAUCAUGUUCUUAAAGGAGCAGGGGGGGAAAAUGGUUUGUAUUAGUAAGAGAAACAGUUCUCCUUGUGAAACAAAGACUAUAUAGGAUUCCAAAAGAAUUCAAUGUUUUAAACAUGUUUUAAAACUGCAUCUUGCUGCAGAAAAUGUCUUAUGUUUAUAUAGUUUACAUGAAUGCAAAUGACCCAACACUAAUUAAAUUUGAUUUUUUUAA